AUGGAUGACGUAUUCAACAUUUUUAAAAAAAAAAAUAAAACAAAUAAAAGAGCGUCCACUGGUACAGGGAAGGGAGAAAAUGAAAAUGAAAGGAAGAAAAAACUUUUCAAUUAUAACCGGAAGAAUCCUAGAAGAGCACACAACGAGGAAGACACGUACAAUAACUACGAAGCAAAUAGAAACGCAAGCAAUAAAAAAGACAAUAAUAAUGCAAAUAAAAAUAUCGAAAAUAUUGUCGUCGUUGAUUUCCCUCCCCUGCCAUUAAAAAACGUAGAAGCUUGUAUUUCCUUCUACUACAUCCAGUAUUUGAGAAAUCAGCUGAUAUAUGGAAACAAAAACAUAAAAGUGGAUGAAAAUGCCAAAAUGAUGGGUGAGUCCCUACUGGAUAGGAUUGAAAAUUCUAUUUACGAGUACGAACAUGAUAAUACCGGGGAAGAUAAUUACAAAAAGGAGAUUAAAGUUAUUACAUUCAAAUCUAUAUAUGACAGAUUUUAUAAAAUUUUAACCACUUUAAUUUCCUACUCGGAAGGUAUUCCCAUGCCAAAUAAUUUAUACCAGUAUGUGUUAAAUAAUGGAGUUUACGUCAGGUCCAAAAAGAAUACUGACUUUAAUAGUAGAGAGAACAUUCACAAUGUGUAUUCCUAUUUGGACAAUGUAGAUGUCGGGGAAAACGAUUUAUCCUUUAAUGACGAGAAGAUUUAUAUUGAUAAUAUUGACAUUAGUAGACCUACCAUACUGAACAAGACGCUAAUAAACGAGGACAUUGAUAUUGAAUACUUGCCGCUCAAACUGAACUCCGCUUAUCACUACAAUAAUAUACAGUAUGCGAAACUCUUUUUAAAUGACGCCGUCAAUAUGUCUCUGUACGAUCGGGCGCUGGGCGAGCUCGUCGUGGUUAAGGCGCUCGUGGACACCCCCCCCUUGCCCACGGCCUUUAUGGAGGGAUUCGACAUAAAAGAAAUGAAAGCCGGCGAAAGGCAAUGGAUGCCGAUUUAUCUGGCCAUCACCCUUUCGUCCUUCACCUACGUCGACGUCGAGUUCCCCUUCUGGUUCUACAUAAAGAAUCUCAUAAACAUAAAGGAAGAGGAAUACAAAAAUCAGACUGAUUUGUUUGAUCUUCCCUCUCCCUACUUCUUCGAGAUUUGCUUCAUGUUCAUUGACCAGAAAUUAUUUUCGAAGGUCACUCCGAUAGAAACGGUAGGGCAGAAGAGCUACUUCAAGUACAUGUCCAAGGUAGCAGGCUACGUCGAAGACAUCAAGCACUGCAGGACGGAGAAAAUCAUCAGGCACCUAGAGGAGCAAAAUGUUCACACCUCCCACAUCUACAUCCCAAAUCUGCAGCACUCCGAGACACACCUAAUCAACUUAACCUUAUACAGCUUCUGGAAGUAUGACAAGGGAUUAAACGAAAAGGAGAACUCGAUAGAUUUUACCUCCUACCUUUUGGAGCCUUUCAUAAAAGACCAAGGGGAUGAAGGGGACGAAAAUGGCGGAAAUGACGAAGAUGACGCAAACCUCCUGCAGGACCUUUAG